AUGUUUUUCUUGUCUCCACGUAACAAUGAAAAUUAUUUUAAAUUAAUUACAGCCAGUGUGGAAAAAUUAUUUACAAAAUGUGAUGAAAAUGAUUAUGGUGUACGAUUGACUGCCGAAGAAAAUCUUAUUAAAUUUGUUAAAAAUUUAAAAGAAGCAGUUUUAACAAGAAUUCAAGUUAAAUUACAUCGAAUUAUAAAUCAUAAUCCUAAUGUUGAACCGAAAGCUUUAAAAGGUUAUUUUUAUUAUUUGGCUUAA